CUUUGUUAUGUAUUCGCAGGUGCGCCUGGAAGCAGCAUGACGUGCCAAAUGCCAUUUCCCGGCAUUGAUUGCUCGUCUUCUUGGUGACGACAAGCCAUGGAAUUGAACGUUGAACGAGAACGCCUUGCUCUAACUCCGCACCUCGGUGCAAUCAGCACCAAUCUUACUGCCCGCAACCAAGCUCCAGCCUUCCCCAAUUUCAUUGCCUUGGACCAGUCAUCAGAAAUCCUGCCAUUUGUGCCGUCCGGUGAAGCCAGCGCAGUCGCUUCCGACCGCGCGGUCGACAUAGAAGACAACCAAUCGUCGCUGUCGUUCAGGUACAUCCGCCUCGAAGUCCACUUCACGCUUCUGCUGGUUAUCAUGGUUUCGAGCGUCGCUGUCAAUGGCCUCGUGUUUGUUCUCUUCUAUCAGCGGCCAUCGGUUCGCAUGACUUCGAACAAGUUUGUGUUGAACAUGGCCAUUGUGUACCUCCUACAGAAUUUCACCCUUCUCCCAUUCAUUUUCGCGUCCAUCAUGUUCCAAGAAUGGAUAUUCGGAGACGUGUGGUGCAAAAUACACGGCACCCUCUCCCUGUGCCUCACCUUAGCCAAUGUUUUCUCCAUUCUCCUCAUAGCUGUGGACAGAAAUUGUGCCGUGAACAGCCCGUUGCACUAUUCGAUGACCAUCACGAAGAAACGAACGAGUGGUCUCAUCGUAUCUACUUGGCUCGUCGCCAUUGUCGUAGCACUGCCACCGCUCUGCGGAGUCUCGGACAUUAAAUACCAAGAAAGCUGGGCUAUGUGCACUGUAGCCUGGCAGGACACCGGUUUUCUCACGAUAGCCUACUCAUGUGUAUUCUGCGUUGUAGGCUUCCUGCUUCCGUUUAUCCGGAUCACGUGGAUAUACGCGUCUAUGUUGAAAGCGGCUCGCCGCAAUAGCGCGUGCACACGCCUAAACUUCCACGCCGUUGGCAACGAGAUCAGCCAGCCCUCGAUGGUGGCAACGGAAGUUGGAAACCAUGCGUCUCCUUACCUGCACAGGAAGUUGGCUUGGUCUAAACGAACAUCUUCGCUUAGUCAAGCGUCUUCGAUAUUCGGUGACAAGUGGAAGGCACUACGCACGGGAGUCCUGGUUGUGGUCUCAUUUACGGGGUGCUUCCUUCCCUUCUUCUCCAUGACCUUGGUGGAGCCGCACGCGCGAACACGCAAGACUGCGCUGCAUGACCUUCCGGCCAUCGCCAUGUUACUCCUCUUCUGCUCGUCGCUCAUCAAUCCGUACCUGUACGUCAUCAGAAGCAAGGUGAUGCGCAAACACGUGCAUAAGAUGUUCACCCGCCUAACGCGUAAGCCCAGUUUCUUCUCUCCGCGAGGCUACCAUCACAGCCAUCAGAGCCCGCUGCAAGAGAGAAAGUGCUCCGAGGAUAUGAAGAUGCCUGGUAGCGCAGCGUCGCUGCACCCCAGAGAGAGCGCCGACUGCCAGACGCCUUUCGUCGCACACUCGCUGUGUCAAAGCAAGACGGGCGACUGGAAGAUCGUCACCAUCACGACAGAUUCAAGGCGGUCAUCUUCCCGGAGAUCUUGCAUCACAUUGGAGCACCCCGUAUUCAUAGACAGCGCGACACAAGAGCUACAGUCACACCAGCAGCAGCAGUGGCGCUACAGGUGCAAACCUGGACCCAGCCUACGCGUCGCCACCAUGAGGAGCGGCUUCAACCGGCGAGCAUCGUUAGACGGCUCCAAACUUAUGUCGGCACGGUUUUCCAGCAUGCCCCCGCGCAGCUCAGAGGUGACAGCUGUGAAGUCCACCACUUAUACGGGAGGCGACCGAAGCAUGUCUUUCCGAACUCGGGGUCGCUUCGCGAACCGUGAGGAGUUGAUCGAAGCGCACGGCCCAUCGUGCAAUAGCAGCUCGUGCCAGGAGAUGUGGGGCCGUCACUUUGUCGACUCGUCCCGGUGCCGGACGCCAAGCCAUGCCACCUAUGACUCGAGGAACAGCACAUCAGCUGUACUCGGUUGUGGAGAAAUGUACAGUAGGCUUUCCACGGUUGACAGCGUCGCGCAAGUACACAGUUACGAAAAAGUUUCCUCCGCGUAUGAUACCUCUGCAGUGGCCGCAUACCAUCGCCGACCAGUGCUUAAACGAGGCCGAUCAUUCGCCUUUGACGAGCACGAAAUGAGCAUGGCCUUCUCGCCGCAAAGGAUUUCGUACUGUGGCGGACUGCGGAAGUCCCGAUUUGCUUUGGCGAGAAACUCUCUGAGGCACAGUUCUACUGACACCACCACGACCACGCUGGAGUCGCUGACCUCCACGGAGUCACAAGAUGGUCCCGUAAUCGCAACGCCCGAGUCGUACGCGCCAUGCUAUGAGUCAUCCGUUAUCUUGGCGCAGCAGUACUGCCAACGCGAGCACGCGACACGGAACGGUGACAUUUUGCCUUCUUCUCUACGUUCCUCAGCAAUUCACCAGCGAACGCCACACGGUCACUUGCCGUGUGAGUGCCAGGAUCGAAGGGACUCUGGCUUCGAGGAUGCCAUGCUGGGGAAGGGUAUUAUGUGCGACACAAUUGUGAACGAAGCUGGCUCUAUCAAGGCAGUGAAGUUUCUAGAACGAAUGUAGUUGCCAAACAUUGAUCGCACUUUCAUACAGAUGUGGUUACCCGUUGUUCACUCACAUAGCCACAAAGGUUGACCUUGGACCACGGAGCCAUAGGUGUUACCAGUUUGUACAGCACCAUGAACGUUCUGUGUGCAUUAUGAACCCUUAUUCUUACAAUAUGGACCAAGCGUACAUAUGUUUUAGAAGACGGUAAUAGCGUGUGCAUUUAUGUCGAACUUUACCAAUCGCGACGACGUAGAGUAUUACAAAUGUCUUUUUUUUUUGCCGUGGAGCAGUGAGAGCAUGGUCGAAGUGUGUUAAAAAGAACGUUAACGUUGUUCGAGAUCUCAAGCGCGAUAUUGAACUAUUGAACUAGUUCUCGAUAAGCACAUAGGUAUAUUAGGGAACAGUGAACCAUAUAAGGUUUAAUUUAAAGAAAAGAGAAAGAGGGAGUUAUGACCAGUUAUGUUCACUUGAGUGUUGACAAGCAAGGUUCAUGGAAAAAGUGUUAGACUCAUAUGCGUGAAAGUGGGAAAGCACGCUUUUGAGUUCAGCGCAUUCUCUUACAAACUGAAAUAUUUAGUCACAGAGACUCAUAUUUGAGAGAAAACGUUCAACAACAGUAGGACAGUACGGUACAGCUAUUCGCUACGCAAGCUGAUGUACCUUGUAUACCCACUGUGAUUGCGGAAUUCAGGUGCACUAACAUUUGACCCCAGGGGCAUUCCUGGUCGUUAGCAGAAAUAAACCACGCAGCUCUGGGGGUCAUGUUUGAAAACGUUACACAGAAAUAAAA